UCCGAAAUACUCCUCAACACAGCGAAGAAUCGAAAUGAGUAAAAUAACCACGAAUCUCUCUCUUUCUCUCUAACAGAGCAAAGUACUAGCAACAAAUACCCUCUGCAUGACGCCAACAAGCCUCUUCAAGCUCUUCCCCCGCCACCGCCACCGCCACAGCUAACCACCUCCCUCCUAAUGAACAACUUCUUCACUCUUCCCCCCUCUCUCUCUCUCUCUCUACGGCUGUGUUUUUCAUUCGUUUUUCAAAUCUCCUGCCAAGUUGCCAGUGUUUCAAAUCUCCUCCCAAGUUCCCAAGCAAACACUGGGUAAAAGGCAAUGUGCCUGCAGCUGCUGGGUUGCCUCCAGUGGGCGUGCAAGCGUUGCACCUACAUCGGGUCCUACGACAGCGCCACCUGGCCCCCUGCCACCGCCGAGGAGUUCGAGGCAGUCCCCCGCAUCUGCCGUCUCAUUCUCGCUGUCUACGAGGACGACCUCCGCCACCCCCAAUUCCCUCCAUCCGGCGGCUACCGCCUCAACCCCGACUGUGUCAUCAAGCGCCUCACCUACCAGCAGACUCACGGCAACGCCCCUCCCUACAUCAUCUACCUCGACCACCACCACCGCGAGAUUGUUCUCGCCAUCCGUGGCCUCAAUUUGAUCAAAGAGAGCGACUACAAGCUCCUUCUUGACAACGGCUUGGGUAUGCAGAUGUUCGACGGAGGGUUCGUCCACCACGGCCUUUUGAAAUCUGCAAUUUGGUUGCUCAACAAGGAAUCGGAGACUCUGAAGCGAUUGUGGCUUGAAAAUGGGUCCUCAUACAGGAUUAUUUUUGCGGGACACUCACUGGGGGCAGGGGUGGCAGCGUUGUUGACGGUGAUCGUGGUGAACCACCGGAAGGAGCUUGGUGGUAUUCCCAGAGAUACCGUCUACUGCUAUGCCGUAGCACCUGCAAGGUGUAUGUCUCUCAAUUUGGCUGUCAAGUAUGCCGAUGUUAUACAUUCUGUCAUUUUGCAGGAUGAUUUCUUCCCUAGAACACCAAACCCCUUGGAAGAUAUUUUUAAAUUUAUCUUAUGUUUGCCCUGCUUAUUAUUUGCGGUUUGCUUGAGGGAUACCUUCAUACCGGCAGGUAGGAAGUUUAGAGAUCCUACAAGACUGUAUGCACCUGGAAGAACAUAUCAUAUUGUCGAAAGGAAAUUUUGCAGAUGUGGGAGAUAUCCUCCAGAGGUUAAAACUGCCAUACCAGUAGAUGGAAGAUUUGAACAUAUUGUCUUAUCAUGCAAUGCCACAUCUGAUCAUGCAAUUAUUUGGAUAGAAAGAGAAGCAGAGAAGGCUCUUGAAAGAAUGAGGGAGAAUCAUUAUGAGACGACGACAGCAGCUCCAAGAGUACCAAAAAUGGAGAGGUUGCAGACGAUAGAAAAAGAACACAAGGACGCUUUGGAAAGAGCUGUUAGUUUGAACAUACCUCAUGCUGCAACUACCCAUGCAGAGGAAUCCAAAGAUGGUGGAGAUGGGGAUGAUGCUGAGUCUUCGGAGAAUGAGAUGAAAACUAAGUCGAUGUCCAGUGGUGGAAGAACUAAAUGGGAAAUGGUGGUUGAGAAGAAGCUUUUCAAGAAGAAUGAAUCCUGAGAACUACUGAAGAAGAAAGAUACAGAUCCACAGUUGCUUCAAAUUAACAAGUCUUUUCUCCCUCAAGGUCUUUAUUGUUUAUCGAAAAUUUAUGCAGUAGAGGUUAGAUCUUCUACAAGAGUAUUUUGCUCCUGAUUCUUUUGUUGUCAUAUAUUCAUUUUUCAGUGGUGAUAUAUACCACUAAAAAGAGAGCACUAAGCCAACUCUAAUGAGCUGGCAGUGCAGGAAAUAAAAACAAAAAAAAA